AUGUCAGCAGUGCUGUCAGAUUCAGAUUUGUGCAGGGUUCAGAUGGAAAAUGUGACUGAAGUCACCACGUUUAUAUUGACGGGCUUCACAGAUGAUUUUAAACUGCAAGUUUUCCUAUUUUUACUAUUUCUAGCAAUCUACCUUUUUACAAUGAUAGGAAAUUUGGGAAUGGUUUUAUUGGUCCUUGGGGAUUCUCGGCUCCACAACCCCAUGUAUUAUUUUCUGAGCGUGUUAUCAUUCCUGGAUGCCUGUUAUUCUUCAGCUGUCACUCCAAAAAUGUUAGUCAAUUUCCUAGCAGAGGAUAAAACCAUUUCAUUCCUUGGAUGUGCAGCACAGAUGUUUCUCUUUAUUUCUUUUGGGACCACAGAAUGCUUUAUUUUAGCUGCAAUGGCAUAUGAUCGCUACGAAGCGAUCUACAACCCUCUCCUGUAUUCAGUUCGAAUGUCACCCAGAGUCUAUGUGCCACUCAUAAUUUCCUGCUAUGUAUGUGGAUUCCUGCAUGCUACUUUACACACUGUGGCUACUUUUACUCUAUCCUUUUGUGCAUCCAAUGAAAUUAGACAUGUAUUUUGUGACAUCCCUCCUCUCCUUGCCAUUUCUUGUUCUGACACCCACACAAACCAGCUGCUAGUCUUCUACUUUGCGGGAUCUAUUGAGAUAUCCACUAUUCUGAUAGUCCUGGUCUCUUAUGGUUUCAUUCUGGUGGCCAUUAUGAGGGUGCAUUCUGCUGAAGGGAGGCGGAAAGUCUUUUCUACAUGUGGCUCUCACCUAACUGGAGUGUCAAUUUUUCAUGGUACGGUUCUCUUCAUGUAUGUGAGACCCAAUUCCAGCUAUGCUUUGGAUCAUGAUAUGAUAGUGUCAGUAUUUUACACAAUUGUGAUUCCCAUGCUGAAUCCUAUCAUCUAUAGUUUGAGGAACAAAGAUGUGAAAGAUGCAGUGAAAAGGGUAUUUGGUAAAAACUGGUUUGCCAAUUAA